CAUCGCCAAAACACAAAAGCCAAACCACAACGAAGUAAGAAUAGAUUGAAGAGAAAGAAAGAACUGAAAAUGGCGCCGAGGGUCUCGAAACGAAAGGCGACGGAAGGGGACGAGGAGCAAGCCAAGCCUCAAGUUGUAGAGGCGGUGAAAAGAGUGACUAGAAGCAUGGCAAGUCAGCCGGUCGGCAAGGCUCAACCCAACAAGGAGAAACCAAAAGCAAAAGCAAAUGCGAAGGCUAAGACGAAGACGAAGCUGAGUCCUAAGAGUAAAAAAGAAUCUUUGGAGAAUGCUGCUGACACAGCCAAAGCUUCGUCUGAGGGGUUGACUGCUUCUGACGGCGGAUCCUGCAACAAGACUGUAGUAAUUGAACACUGCAAGCAAUGCAAUUCAUUCAAGACAAGGGCCUUUCAAGUCAAAAAUGGUUUGGAGAAAGGUGUUCCUGGCGUCAAAGUGUCGCUCAACCCUGAAAAGCCAAGAAGAGGAUGCUUUGAAAUACGAGAGGAAGGCGGAGAGACAUUCAUAAGUCUGUUGGACAUGAAGAGACCAUUUAAACCGAUGAAGGAUCUUGACAUGGAGGAGGUGAUCUCGGAUAUCAUCGAAAAGAUUAAAUGAAAGAGACCAAGGGUGUAUGAAGUUUGGAGCCCGUUGUAAUUGUUUUGCCUGAUUCACCAACAUGUGUUGGUGAAAACAAAACUUCAUUUUGUCUAUAUUCAUCUUAAUUUUGUUGAACAUUAAUGUAAUGCUGUGAAGUCAAGAAUGAUCUUAGACAUGGUUACAUUUGAUAGCAUUGGCAGGCUGUGCUUGUAGUCGUAGGCCAAACAACUUCAAGUCUCGCUUUUGUUAACUGUGUUGUUUUGAAGAAUUUAAAAUUGUGAUCUGAA